AUGUCGGGGAGACGGUCAUGGCGUAAGGACCGCCAUGAGAGCCAACGCAGGGACCAUGGUCCGAAGGGUCCUGUCGCUGCAGAAGGAUGGGUCGCAGGCAAAGUGGAGAGAUUUCAGGGUCCAUACAAGUUCUUGUCGAACUUCUUCUGGUCCGAGCUGGACUUUCAGGGCUUGAGAUAUCCAUCUGUGGAGCAUGCCUUCCAGGCAGCCAAGCUCGUGGAGAACCAGCAGCGUGUCGCUUAUGGCUUCACCAGUCCUAGUUUGAGCUUCGGGGAAGCGAAGCGCUUAGGGCGCCAGGUGGCUCUGCGGAAAGACUGGAAGGAGAUCCGGGAAGAGGUCAUGGCUGAGUGCCUCUUGGCGAAGUUCGAAAACCCUGACCUACGGAAACAGUUACUUUCAACUGGAGAUCGAGAGCUGGUGGAUGGACACUCAGGCAGUCCAGAUCUCAUUUGGGGUUAUCACAUCCCUUCCAAGAAGGGGGAAAAUCGUUUGGGCAUCCUACUCAUGGAACUGAGAUCCAAACUGAGCCGACCUUUGGUGCAGUCCAAGACCAAGCCGCCCUCGACGGCUUCGGAGCAGACCGUGGCAUUGUUCCAUUUGGAUUGGCCGGUGAAAUGCCUGCAUGACGGCUUGCCGGCGCCGUACGCCGCCUGCAUCCAACGGAUCGCCACGGAGGCCAGCUUGGCCGGAUCUUGCGUGGUGCUUCCACGCAGGAAGAUUUGCAUCGCCCUGUGUGGCCAACUGCGCGACCUCGAUGCCUGGGAGCAGCGCCUCCGCAGCGAACACGUUGACGUGAACCGCCGCGGCCGGCCCUGUCGUGAACGCAUGCUGGUGCAACUGCUGCGCUCCGGUUCGAAGGGUGGGCCUCCGGAAGGGAGUGAGACAGGUGGGCGGUCCUCGGACAACUUCACCCAGGAGGAGGUUCAGGAUUGGCCUUCACUCUGUAAAUCCUUAGCUUCUGCUUUGGGACUUGCAACCUCCAUAGUCUCAGAUGCUCUGGGUCCAGAGGUUCCAGAACUACCCUGUGGUCCGGUGCAGUAUGUGGAUGGCCGCCGUGCCGUGUGGCUGGACGGCCACCGCUAUGCGCUUUGCUUGAACGAAGGUUUGGUGAACGAGAUGCCCGAGGCCCUGCUGGGCCGUGUCGAGGCACAAGUGCCGCUGGGCCAGGGAGAAGAGACUGCGCUCGGCGUUCCGUCGCAGAAGCCCAGCAUCUUCGGAGGAAAGUUUGCGCGAGCACUUCGGGGUUUGCUGCGAGAGGAGGAGUGUCAAAGAUUGAUCGAGCUUUCGGAGAAGGAGGGUUAUGGCCUCGCAGGUUCCAGGGGCUUCAACCCGUUCACUCGCUUUGCCCAACGUUGCCUGCUCGAUGCGCCCCUGGUGGCGGAAGCUCUGACGUGGCGUUUGUGGCAGCUGCUACCCCAGGAGUAUCCGCCCUCAUCCGGGCAACGGCUCCUGGGGGUGAACAAGCGCUUGCGCUUCUUGAAGUACGGGCCAGGGAUGCACCACGCUGAUCACACGGACUGUGCGCAUGAGGAUGAGCAGAGCAGAAGUUUUCUUACGGUCCAGUUGUACCUGAACUCAGGCUUUGGAGGGGGUCGGACCACCUUUAUCUCCGACGGACUGGUGCCAAUCGAGCCAACGACGGGUGGUGCGAUCGUGUUUGAUCACGAACUCUACCAUCGUGGAGGCAUGGUGACAUCUGGAUUGAAGUAUGCACUUCGAAUGGACGUGUCCUAUGAGAAGGUUCAGGGGAAGUCAAUCUGGCAGCAAGUUCCCCAGGACCACGCCGCGGACGAGCGACGCAAGAGCAGGUCAUCUUCUGCUUCUCGGGGGAGCGAUGAGAGAUGA